GUUUGUUACUGAAAGUUUUCAACAAGGACUUCAACUUGAUUCCUUAAGAUCCUCCCAUCCUAUUGAAGUUCCCAUUUUUGAUGCAAUAAGUUACAAAAAAGGUGCAUCCGUCAUUCGCAUGUUGAGUAACUUCAUGGGAGAAGAUGUUUUCUUAACUGGAAUUAGGCGUUAUUUGAAGCGUCACGAGUAUAGUAAUGCUAGUACUGAUGAUUUAUGGAAAGCUUUAUCUGAGGAAAGUGGAAUUAACAUUGGCCAAUUCAUGACGAGUUGGACUAGAGUUGUUGGUUAUCCAGUUUUGACUGUUAUUGAACUUCCAGAUGACACGCUACAUAUUUGUCAAUCCCGUUUCCUUUCAACCGGGAAACCCAAUCCUGAUGAAGAUACUACAUUAUGGUGGGUGCCACUUGGAAUAAACUUUGGAUCCCUAUCAUCUAGAGUCCUUACUACAAAAGAAACUAAUGUAAAAUUACCGCAUGGUGCAUCUGAGUUCUAUAAACUUAAUUCUCAUGUAACUGGCGUCUUUCGUGUAAAUUAUACUCCAGAACGAUUGGCAAAAUUGGGUCAAGCUGUCAAAAAUGGUUUACUUGAUACUAGUGAUCGAGUUGGGUUAGUUGCUGAUGUUGGUGCUUUGGCAAUAAGCGGUUAUACAAAAACGAGUAGCCUUUUGAGCCUCAUUAAUGAAUUUGAUAACGAAGAUAAAUAUUUCGUAUGGAUGGAAAUUAAUUCUCGUAUAACGAAUUUCUUUAAUGUGUGGUUUGAACAACCUGAGCCUGUAUACAAAGGACUUCUACUUUUUCAACAUCAUUUAAUUUCAAAAUUUGUUACUAAAUUGAGUUGGGAAUAUCCAGAAAAUGAGGACUACUUAACCACUAUGUUGAGGACUUUAAUAAUUAAAGUUGCUGGCAGAGCUAAAGAUCCUGAAGUUGUUAAGGAAGCAUUUCGCAGAUUUGAAUUAUUUACAAAAAACAAUGAUAAAACUGCUUUACAUCCUAAUAUUCGUGGAGCUGUCUACGAAAUUGUGCUAUGUAACGGUGGUGGAGUAAAUGAAUUUGAAGCAAUUUUGAAAGCCUAUCGUGAAACAAAUACUGCAGAUCAGAAACUCGCUGCUUUAACUGGUCUUGGAUUCGCUCAGCAAGAAGAUUUGAUUAAACGUGCGUUAGACUUUUCCAUAUCAGAGGAAGUUAAAAAUCAAGACAUCAUUUAUGCAUUCGCUGGCUUGCAGUUCAAUCGCAAAUCGCGAAGGGCACUGUGGAAAUAUGUUAAGGAAAAUUGGGAACUUUUUCACGAACGAUAUGUCAAAUCUCUGAAUUUGUUUGGAAAUAUAAUUAAAUCUAGUGUUGGUGCUUUUUCGUCUGACGCAGAUAUUAAAGAUAUUGAAAAUUUCUUUUCUAACAAAGAUACUAAGGAAUUUUCAAGACCUUUACAACAAAGUUUAGAAAAUAUUCGUGUCAAUACUGCUUGGUUAACACGUGAUAAAAAGGAUGUUGAAGAUUGGUUAAGAGCUAACGGAUACUUGCAAUGA